AUGUUCUCUGCCAUGCUACUGAACACAUACCGUGACGAAGGCCUGGGGAUCCGCGCCGCUUAUAGGAUGGACAGCCAACUCGUCAACCACCGAUGGGUGAACUUCCAUUCGCGUGUAUCCACAACCAUUGUCCACAAACUUCUCUGCGCCUACGACUGCACCCUCAACGCCAUCUCUGAAGGGGGCAUGCAAAGGAGCAUGAACCUCUUUGCCACCGCCUGCGACGGUGGUUACGCAUCAAUCGUCAUCCGACACUGCCUCCGACGCACUCCAAAUCAACUGAAAGUCGUGGACAACUUCACCUACCUGGGCAUCACCCUCUCUCACAGCACCAAAGUCGGCGACGAAUUGGCCCGCCGGAUCUCCAAGGCCAGCCAAGCCUUUAGCCGUCUGCGAAACGCAAUUUGGAAUCGACACGGUCUUCACAUCAGUACCAAACUGAAGAUUUACAAAGCGGUCAUCCUACCGAUGCUGUUUUAUGAAGCAGAGACUUUGACGGUGUACAAGGAGCAGGCGCAGAGGCUCAACCACUUCCACCUCAGUUGUCUUCGCAGAAUACUGAAGCUGAGGUGGCAGGACCGGAUCCCCGACACGGAUGUACUGGAGCGGACGGGACUCCCCAGAAUCUACGCCAUGCUGAGAGACUUGCAACUGCGUUGGAGCGACCGUCUUAUGCGCAUGAACGACGAACGGUCACCCAAGCGAUUCUUCUAUGGAGAUGUCGCCAGGGGUUCCCGCCGACAAGGUGGCCAAGUCCGGCACUACAGGGAUACCCUGAAGAUUUCCUGA